UAUUUAUAUUUCUUUAUGUUUACGAGUCGGGACGCGAUCAACACACGCGCGCAGUCAUAUCUUACACGGUGACCAAAGUAGGCGAACAGUGCGCGUGAGAGACAGAAAAUCGCAGCGAUCGAAUUUYAUACGAUUUCGUUGUUUAUUAGGUACGCUAUAUCGAUUUUUAUUUCGUCGAUAUCACAAUGUUAUUAUUAUUGGACGGACGAACUUACCUACUUCCYGUGCGAUGGUCAUUCGACGCAGCUGCAGUUGACACGUGAGUGGUGUGAAUAACAUUAUACAGUGUUUGUUGAGAAGAUAAUAAUAUUAUUAUUAUUAUAAAGUAAAAAUAAUUUACAUUUUUUCAGCGUGCGUUUUUGUUUGUACGCUUGUUUUUCUUCUUUUUUUUAAAAAAUAGCCCUCGUGUCCGACAAUCUCUAUCACGUUCGUUCCGAGGGGAACGUAUCGAUACGACCAUAAUUGGUCACGAUGACCCUCAGCACUGUGCGUUUCGCGUGACGCCAAAAGGCCCAGAGUUCUGUGCUACUCUUUGAAUUGUAAAUAGACUUAUUUUGACAAUAUUAUUAUAAAUAAUACAAUAAUCGUAAUAUCAUAUUAAACGUUUUCGUGCGAGUAAAUCAAGUAAAAAUGAUUAAUUUCCUGUUGACGUGCGACACGUACUCUGUCGCGGUGACCGCACUGCUGGUGAUCGUGCUUCUGUACUGGGUGUUUGAAGUGCACUAUUUUGCGCGGACCCUGUGGUGUGCGACCAUGUGCCGGAUCAUGAAGAAGUACGUUCACAUACUGGAUACCACUUCGUACUCUUCGGCAUGUCUGACCACGGACGUGGACUUCCUGCUGUUUCACAUGAACAACUCGAGGUAUCUGCGGGAAGUGGACUUUGCCCGGACAGAGUUCUACACGCGCACUGGACUGUGGGCGGCAAUCCGGGAGAAGGGCGGGCUUCCCGUGCAGGGUGGCACCAGCAUCCGGUACCGGAAGUUCAUUCGGACGUUCAGCCUGUACAGCAUAUCGUCCAGGAUCAUUUAUUGGGACCGGGAAUCGAUUUACAUGGAGCACCGAUUUGUGAGCCGCGGUGAUGACUUUGUCAACGCCAUCGUGCACUGCCGGCAGAGGGUGAUCAACUGCGACGUCGAGGUGCUGAUGGGUGAGUUGCUGGCUAAGGCUGCCAAGGAGAGUCCCGGUGACCUUCAGGAAGCWCCCCGGAUGAAGCCCGAGUGCCCGUUGGAGAUCCACCAUUGGAUUCAGGCGAACCUUGUGUCCAGUGCCAAUCUGCGCAACGGAAAUUGAUGGAGAUCGCGUCUUCCCAACAAUCCCCACCAUCAUUCCUACCCC